AGAAGCGGCCGUAAGCUGCGCUCUCUCCGCCACCAUGAACGAGCUCCGGGCAGUUUCUGCCUCUGGUUCGAAAGAGUAAAGCCUUGUUAUUUCUACACGAGCUGAAUCCCCUCGCCGGACCAAAGUAGAUGCGACACCGAAUCAAUAUCCUGGUCCUGCAGAAUGUCCAAGAUCAGGCGGAAAGUAACAGUGGAGAAUUCAAAGACCAUAUCUGACAGCAGCAGCACCACGACCAGCAGCACCAGCAACCCCGCCGCCCCUUCCCGCCGGCCCAGCGUGUUCGAGAGACUCGGUCCCAGCACUGGGAGUAAUGCUGCUGAUAGUCACUGCAGAAAUUGGUUGAAGACCGGAAAUUGCAGUUACGGCAACACUUGUCGCUACACACAUGGAACUCAACCACGGGCCAAAGGAUUCCGGUCAACCGAGCGGCCCACAGGUGAUCUGCGGGAGAGGAUGAAGAAUAAAAGACAGGAUGUUGACUCAGAAAACCUGAAGCGUGACGUAGACGAGCCCGCAUCCCCGACAGCAAGACAGAGAGACUCCUCCAGAGGCCGACACAGGGAGAAGGAGGACAUAAAGAUCACAAAGGAACGCACUCCAGCCAGUGAAGAAGAGCCCACAGAGUGGGAAACCAAUCGAGAAGACUCAGAUAUCGGUGACUACGACUACGAGUUAUCCCUAGAAAUGAAGCGCCAGAAGAUUCAACGUGAGUUGAUGAAACUGGAGCAGGAGAACCUGGAAAAGAGGGAGGAGAUUGUCAUCAAGAAAGAAGAGACCCCUGCCAAAACCAGAACCACCGCCUUGCCCAAGGCCUCCCCAGAGCAGUUGAGUUCCAAAGAUUCACUGUCGCCAAGGAAAUCCGGUGGCUCCCCGAAACACAAAAGUGGAACAAAAGGGCCAGGCUCUGGGAAGAAAGAGAAGAAGGCGUCCAUUUCCUCGCCUGUUUCAGAAUCUACCAGGUCUACAAAAGGGAGCCACAGUAAAAAGAAAGGACCUCGUACCCCCAGUCCUCCUCCACCAGUCCCUCUGGACCUCCCUGUGGUUGGGAAGAAACACAAAUGCAAGCACAAAAACAAGGAGAAGUCUGAGGAGAAGCCGAAGGAGGGGAAAGAUCGGGGACGAGAUACAGAGAAACACAAAGAGAAGAAGGAGAAACGCAGAGACCGAUCAGAUAGUUCCCACAAAGCCAAGCGGUCGGUGACAUCAGAAGAGCCUUCUCCCACCAGAUGUCCUUCGCCCACAGUGCGGAAGAAAUCCACCUCUCCUAAAGCUUUGUCCCAUAAAACCUCAGUGCUGGUCUCCCCUCCUCGCAGGUCUCCGUCUCUUCCACGCCACCAGCGGACCCCUACUCCUUCCCGCCACCACUCCCCGUCGUCCCACUCUGGCUCCUCUGCCCAGCGCCACUCGCCGUCUCCUCGCCGGCGUCGCUCCUCCUCUCCCACCUACCACCGGAGCAGUGCUGCAGCAGGGUCCUCACCACAGAGCUCCAGGCGCUCCAGGUCACCUCCGGCCUCCCACGACGCCUCCUCGCCCCGACGCCGCUCCAACAGAUCGAGCCCUGGCCGGCAGCACUCCAGGGGCCGCGAGAGGAGUCGUGGUGACCGAGAGAGGAGUCCGCCCGCCCAGGAGCGCAGACAUGAGCACAGAGAUGACAGCCGCAGCAAGCGAGAGAAAGACAGUGUCCGUGACGACCGGGACUAUGACUCGGAACAGGUGUCAUCACGUGACGACAGGGAGACCAGGGAGGCUCGUGAGCGACGGGACACUCGCGAUAGAGGACGGGAAACCGUCCGCGACCAUCGAGACAGCAGGGAUGUAAAGGACUCCAGAGAGAGCAGGACAGACACCCGGUCCAGUCGAGAGUCCCUGGAGCGGCGGGAUCGCGAGCGGGAACGAGAGAGGGACCGGGAUAAGGACAGAGAUCGAGAGAAGGAGCGAGAGAGGGAGAGGACUGAUACUUACAGAAAGGAGGAACCCGCUCAGGACGACAGGAGUUAUGGGAGAGGACAUGGUCGUGAGGAUGGAGUGAGGACUGAGAACAGGACCGACAGAGCUGAGAGGAACGGAAGAGGGAGAGGGCGUACAAAUGAAACGUCUGAUAAAGGCUCAAACAGAAACUCCAGAGGUUCCCAACUGGAAAGUACCCACGACAACUGGGAGUCCCGAAGCAGUGUGGCGCGAGAGAGGAGUGUGGAGAGGAGCACAGAUCGCAGCGCUACCGAAAGAAGCUCAGAGAGGGGCUCAGACCGAGAUCGCUAUGAUGGUGACCGCAGAGAGCAGGCCCGGGACUCCUCCUAUGACAGGAGAGGAGGCCACGGAGAGAGGGAUCGCAGAGACAACCGAGAGAGAGAUCAAAGAGCAGCUUCUCCAAACAGACACCAGGGGAGAUCAGAUGAGCCUGAGAGGGAGGAUAGGAGAGACGAUCGCAGGACAGAAAGAGUGGAGGAGCGACGAGACGACCGGACCCGCGAUCGAGAGAGAGAGCGGGAAAGGGACAGGGAACGGGAGAGGGAGAAGGAAAAAGAGAAGGAGAGGGAAAAGGAGCGCGAGAAGGAGAGGGAGGCUGCAGAGAGGGAGCGGGCCAGGGAGAGGGAGCGCGAGCGGGAACGAGAGAGGGAACGGGAGCGAGAGGAGAGGGAGCGGGAGCGAGAGGAGAGGGAAAGAGAGAGGGAGCGCGAGAGGGAGCGGAAGGAGCGAGAACGGGAGAGGGAGCAGCGGGAGCGAGAGCGAGAGAGGCAGCGCGAAUGGGAGGAAAGGGAGAGAGAGAGGGGAAGGGAGGAUAGGCGGGAGAGGAGAGAUGACACCAGGGAGGAGCGGCCUGUUCGAGACACCCGGGACGAUCGCAAGACGAGUCGUAAGAGGCCCAGGCCGGAGAGCAGCCCGAGCCCCCGGGCCAGCCCGAAGCGAGCAGCCAGGGACCUCAGUCCGGCCGACAGCGACGGCUACAACAGUGGAGACGACAAAAGUGGCGACAAGCAUCGUCUGCUGAGCCAGGUGGUGCGACCCCAGGAGCCCCUGCUGCGUACUCCACCGAGGCCGGCUCCUUCUGAUGACAAGCCCAGUCACUGGAAGGAUGAGGAGCGCAGAGGAGCGGUGGACAAACGGGAGGCACGCAGUCGACACGAAGACGUAGAGCCUCGUGGGGACCGCAACAGAGGAGGCGAUAGGCGGGCCGACCACCUUUCAGACGCGCCGGACUCCCGUGUCAGAGGCAGAGACCAGCGAGAAUCCACGCCACCUCCUGCUCCUCCUCCACCUCCUCCUGCUCCUCCAGUCCUUGUCACCAGCAGUGAAAACACAACUGGAACCCAGCCCCACGAGGAAGGCAAGAAGAAGACUAAGUCACUGAGGAAAGGGCUGAAGAAGGGUCGCAAAGAUGAAGAGAUAAACACUGGCAAGAUUUUAGCUCCAGUCGGGGACCGUUUAAACAUUGAGCCCCCAGCUGCUGCUCCUGCAGAUGCUCCUCCAGCCUUGCAAUCACCCAGGAAAGUUCCCAAGAAGAAGGCGCUUGACAGAAAGCGGAAACGCUCGCGAGGAGCAGAGUCCGAUGUAUCUGAGGAAGAUACUGCAGCUCAUCAGCCACAUAAUAAGAAGAAGAGGGGUCCCCGGACCCCACCACCCUCAAUGAGGCCUGAUAACCGUGCCCCUGUUGUCAGCGCAGAGCCGGCUCCACUACCAAAAAUGGACAACUUCAGUGACUGGUCAGAUGAGGAGGUCACAGCUCCCCUGGCUCCUGCUGAGCCUCCUAGGAGAAGUGCUGGUCCUCGGCUGGGCAGGGACAGGGAGAGGUGUAACCCCCCAGCCAUUGCCCCGCUGCUCCCCCAGGAUCCGCCAAUGCUUCUGCAGACUUUGACUCCACAGCCUCUCAUGUCCCAGCCUCUGCUCCGCAAACCUCCUCCAGAGCAGACUCGCAGCAGCAGCAUGGGAAGCAACCAGAGCCGCACAUCAUCUCGACGCCUGAGAUCACCCUCUAACGAGUCCGCAAACCGCGAGGACCCCCAGGGUCCACGAUCCCGCCGGGGAAGACAGCCGGGCGCCAACUCCCGCGACCGAGAGAGGGAGAGAGAGAGGCCGGUUGUAAAUGAGCCUCCUGUGGCUGAGAGGAAAUCUCGAAUUGACCAGCUGAGGAGAGGAGAGCCAAGCCGCAGCACCUCAUCAGACCGGCAGGAUUCUCACAGCCACAGCUCCAGACGCAGCUCUCCUGACUCCGAGAGACAGACCAGAUCCAGGUCCCGCGCAGGCUCCUAUGACAGUAGAGAGCGGGAGAGAGAACGGGAGCCGUUCGAGCGGGAACGAGACCGUAAGGACCUCCGGCCUCCUCCUCCCCAACAGCCGCAGCAGCAGCAGCAACCGUUGCUUCUCCAGCAGCCCCUCCAACAACCACGAGACUGGGAGCCAGAACAAAGGGACUGGCCCAUUAGGGGACGAGAGCCCCUGCUCAUGCGUCCCGGCCGUGAACCUCUCCUGAGGGAGCGGGACAUCAGGGACAGGGAACGCUUGCUCCCUGAAGGACUCAUCCAGCAGCAUGAGCGGGAAAGGGAGCGGGAGAGGGACCGGGAGAGAGACAGUAGAGGCGAGAGGGGCGGCGAUCGAGAGAGGAUGAUGAUGAUGGACCUGCCGCCCCACGGGGACCUCAGGCCUGUAGGACGAGGGGACCUGAGGGGAGACAUUAGAGGGGAAAUGAGAGGAGACCUGCGAGGGGACAUGAUGCGGCCGGACAGGAGCGAAUAUGAGCCUCUGCUGCCGAGAGAAGCCUUUGGCCAACCUGAGACCGAGAAAGCCAGCAACAGUCACCAUCUCAUGGGAGAGCCACGGGAACGGGAGCUGGAGAAGACAGACAGCAUUGACGGAGACCACGACGGUAAAGAAGACGAUGGCCAAUCAGUGCCAUCUGUUGGCGAGGAGUAUGAGCCAAUCAGUGAUGAUGAGCUGGAUGAAAUUCUUGCUGAUAGUCAGAAAAAAGAGGAUCAGCAGGACGAUGAAAAAAUGACAGGUCCUCUGGAUGUGAUCGAUGUGGACUGGUCCAGCCUGAUGCCCAAAAAGAAGCAGGAACCCCGGGCAGCAGGGGCAGCGUUGCUCCGAUUCACCCCAGGGGCCGUGCUUCUUAGGACGGGCAUCUCCAAGCGCCUCGCCGGGCCCAAGCUCCUGGAGCAGGUCAAAGAGGUGUGCAGGGCUGAGAUGGACGACCCUAAAGAGGCCGACAAGCUGUUCGAGCAUGAGCUUGGGGCCUUGAACAUGGCGGCCCUGAACAGGCGGGUGGAGCGGGCAGGUCUACUGACAAACCUCGGGCCCUGCUGCAAGGCCCUGUGUGCCCGCAGAGACUUCGCCAUCCGUCGGCAGCUGUUAAAAAAUGACAAGGGCCUAACCAAGCAGUACCCCACUACGCCCGUGGUAGACAACGAGCUGCUGCAGAUGAGCAUGCGUCUCUUCAGAAGGACCGUGGCUGGCCAGGCUUCGGCCCCGGAAAGGCCCGACAGCGGGUCGGCGCCGGCGGCCGAGGUUUCUGCAGCCGGUAGUGGUGGUAGUAGUAAGCUCAGCACAGCUCAGCCUGAGGUGUGUGUGUCCUGAAAGAAAUGAGCUUAACGAGUAAAAGACUUCUUCGCCGUCACCUCUCUUAAACUCUGAUCUCAAUCUCUCUUCCCCAUUGCAUUACAUACACAGCCUUUUUAGAUACGAGAGAAAAUAAACAAAAACAGCAAAUUUGUGGAUUUCAUUUAUGCUUAACAUGUUUUUGACGACCUGCAAGUGCUGUGCCAUAGACUAUUGGACUUUCUAGCCUAUGGAGACGUGUCAUGAACGGCGUUCGAGAAUGGUAUAACAUGUGAAAUUAUGUCAUGAGUUUUUUGUGCGUGUGCAUUACAGUAUUUUAGAGCAUCUUUUUAAUUGUCCAUUUCACCUGCCUAACCAAGUUCUUAUGACUUGUUUUCAUAUAUUGUGCAUUGGUUCACAACAACUGUGCAUUAAAAUGGUUAGAUGUUGA